AUGCUUCAUUUUCUACAACUUCUUCUUCUUUUCGCAUCUUCUAUCGAUUAUUCACAAGCAAACGAGAGCGAGUGCGGCACAGAGGAUUUCUUGAAAACUUUUGAGUGUAUUGGAGUAAGUGUGACAUUCCCAUUUAUCACCUAAUCAGUGCUGGCCCAGGCUUUCCGAUGAGGAUUAUUGAAAGUGGGUCAAAAAUUCAGAACUCUAAAUUCUCGUAUUUCUAGGGUCUUGCCGAGUUUGUGUCCACUGUUGACAACUACAAUUUGACGGUGGAAAUUGAUCGCAAAACGUUCAUGGGCGCUUGUAAAGAGGCAUCGGACUGUUUCUCCGGUGCCUCGUGUCUUCACGCUGAUCGUCUGAAGCUCUUUCUGGAUACCUACUGCUCGUACUCGACAUUUUUGGAGACCGAGUUCAAGGAAUGCAAAAAUAGACUAGAUGCUCGCGAGGAGACUCAAUGCGAAAAGUCAUUCAAGUCCUUUUUUAAUAAUGUGAGUGCAUUUCACGCCUCAUUUCUCUACUGAACUAUUCUAUUUCAGACUGUCGCUGAGGAUGUAAAGUGCGGCAAAUUGGAAGAGUCGUUGAAAUGUGUUAGAGUGGAAGUAAGAAAAGAGUGCGGCGAUUCGCACGCCGACAAUAUCGCAAAGUAUUUGGAGAACAUGUCGACAGGGCUCUCUUGUGACAAAGUCUAG